CUUGCGUUCAGGAUGCUGAACACACUACGACGGCCGCUCUCCACGUCGCUCAGAACAGCGCCCACAAAAUUCCCCCGAGCACGGUACGCGUCCGCCUCCCCACGCUACGUCCCUCCCGCCGCCAAGAACGACGUCGAGGACCGCCAGGACAGGUUCCGGAAAGAGCCACCGUCCUCGCCUACGUUCUACACCGCUCGUUCAGAGUACUACGACCAGCUCCAGACACUCGAAACGGCCAUCCAAUUCUCCCGUCGCUCGCUCUCCUCCUUAGAACUCCUCCCAUUGCCCGCGUUCGCACGGGCUUCACUCCCCCCUGCUCGGCCAGCAUGGCGCACCCGGCUCGAUAUGGCGGAAAUCUUCAGCACGAAGCUUACGACGGGGCGGUAUCGGCGCGUCACGAAACUGUUGAACCAGCUUGACGAGUAUCAUCGGAUUGCGCAGACGGCGGGACAUGGCGCGUUGGCGACGGGGAUCUUCGAUAUUAUUUCGUUGUUUGAGAGGAAGAAUAAGAGGCAGUUCUUGGAGCAGACGCAGGGGAAGAGGAAGGCGGUUAAGUUCGAUAGGUAUGGGAGGACGUUGACCGUUGGUGCGCGCAAGACGAGCUCGGCAAAGGCUUGGAUGAUUCCCAUUCAGUCUUCCGUUUCUCCUGAAGAAUCGUCAUCGAAGGCGGCGGCGGAGGCGGAUGUGGAGGAGGAGGCGGCACCGUACGAGGCCGCAUAUGCGACGGAGUCGAGUAUUCAGGACCCUCUGGCACCGGAUGAGGCGUCGAGAGAGAAGGUGGACGUCACGGUGUCGACUAUCCUCGUCAAUAACAUUCCUCUGAACGAGUACUUCCGCAAACCACACGAGAGGGAGCAGGUCGUGCGAGCGUUGAAGUUGGCGGGUGUGCUGGGCGCGUAUAAUAUAUUUGCGCUUUGUAGGGGUGGUGGGACGAGUGGGCAGGCUGGGGCGGUGGGUCAUGCUAUUGCGAGGGGUGUCGUGGCGCAUGUGCCGGAGAUGGAGCAGACGUUGAGGAAAGCGAAACUGCUCAAGCGCGACCCUCGUAUGGUGGAGCGGAAAAAGACUGGUCGGGCGAAGGCUCGCAAGGCUUACGGAUGGGUCAAGCGUUAAUGGUUCUCUUAUUCAUCUCUGCAUUGUCUAUCUCUACUCUACGCAUUGCCGUUUUGCAAUUUCCUUGCCAACAUUGCUUGACUCUAUC